GUACGGUCUUAUCCGCCGACGCCGCGAGGAUCUCCGUUGAGCUCAGCCGUUGAACCACAGAGCCGGAGGCCAUGGCGGCCACGCCGACCACCCCCUUUCCGCGCCUCCUCGCCCCGGGUCCACCACACCUCGCCGCGCGCCCUUCCUUCUCCUCCACCCUCCGCACUCCUUCCAUCUCCCUCUCCUAUUCCCUCCCCCGCCCCCGCCACCGCCACCACUACCGCCUCGCCGCCGCGUCCAGGGAUACCACCAGCAAGAAGAGGCAAGAGCAAGAGCAAGAGCCUGCACCGUCCGCGGCGGAUGGAGCAGCGGAGAAGAGCACGGAGGAGGCGGAAGGGGCGUCGCCCGGGGAGAAGAGCCCGGAGGCGGUGGCGGCGGAGCUGAAGGAGGUGCUGCGGGCGCGGAAAGCGGCGGAGGCCGCCGAUGGUGGCGGCGGGUGGUGGGCGGGAGUCGCGCAGGAGAUGUCCGAGAUCGAGUGGCCGGCGCCCGGGAAGGUGGUGGGCACCACUGGCGUCGUGCUCGGCGUCAUCGCGGGCUCCACCGUCGCGCUGCUAUCCGUCAACGCGAUCCUCGCCGAGCUCUCUGACCGCGUCUUCGCUGGCCGCGGGCUCCAGGACUUCUUCGGCUGACGCCGCGGCGUCGUCAGGUUUUCUUCAGGACGAGGAUAGGCGUAUGCUGGUUCGUGAACUCUGUAACUACUGUUUUCUUGCAUUUGGGUGAUACUAGUGGUAGCUAGGGUUAUAGAUCAAGUGCUGGAGGGGAGGCUCCAAUUAUGUAUUUUUUUACUUAUAAUGAUAAUAAACUAAGUGCUCAUUUUUUGCUUAUACUCAAACAACUGGCUCAGUGACAUUUCUUCAUUUUAAAAGCAUACGAUUAAUGCUA